AUGGACGAAAGUGGACAGGAAAAGCAAAGUGGACAACAAGAUGAUCUCGAGCGCGAAGCCGCUCACAGGGGGCUUAGAAAGACGGGGUCCAAGACACUCGGGUGGGAUACAGAUCACCAUGACUUCCCACGCAACUGGCCUCUUCGGCGCAAGUUCUAUGACGCCUGCGUCAUCUUCUUCUUGGAGUUCUAUACGACCGUCAUGAGCACAACGGGGCCAUCUGCUGCAGAAGACGCCAUGUCAGAGUACACAAUGAGCAGGGUCGUGAUGCUCACCGGUUUUCAGUUCAUGUAUGGCGCUGGACAAGCAUUGGGGGGACUGAUAAUGCCUCCAUUUUCGGAGGCCCUUGGUCGCCAAAAGUCCUACCUCGUGUCCGCCGGUGCAUACAGUAUUUCUUCUCUCCUGGUCGGCCUCGUUCCUUCGCCGGCCGGAGUCUUCAUUGGCCGCUUUUUCUCUGGUUUCGCCUCGUCUGUACCGGCAAUUGUUCUAGCUGGAAGCAUCGAGGAUCUGUAUACCCAACAAACAAGGCUGUGGCUUCUCUGGUUUUGGAAUUGCUCGACCAUGCUCGGUAUCGCGGUGGGCCCAAUCUAUGGGUCAUAUAUAGUAGAUGCAAUUGGUUGGCGCUGGCUCUACCAUGUUUCCGCCAUCACAUGCGCGGUGAUAUUCUUCCUCCUUAUACCCGUCCGCGAGAGCCGGCCGACGACCCUGCUUCAACGCCGUUUUGACAAUCUACAGUCAAAAGUCGGAGCAGUAAACAUGGAUAUACCAAACCCUGACCGGAUUAACAGCGCCCGAGAGCUUGUACAGGUGAUUCUGGUGCGACCAGCCAAGGUUGGUGUCUCGGAACCUAUCCUCAUCUUGGUCUCCAUCCUCAGCGCCUCGGCCUGGGGUAUGAUGUACCUCUUUACCGAGUCCUUCACCGUAGUAUACAGUGAAUUCGGCUGGAGCUCAAGGGCGACCUCAUUGCCUUUCAUUGCCCUGUUUCCUGGGAUCAUAAUGAGUGGAUUUGUUCGCAUUUGGGACUAUCACAAACUGAAUUCCCGACAGAAUGCCGGUCAGCGACCAGAGCCAGAAGAUAAAAUCGGCGGUUUUGCGAUUGCUGCGCCCGCACUCUCCAUUGGACUCUGGAUUUUCAGCUGGACGGUUCCACCACUCGUCAUUGUCCCUUGGAUCGCCUCCAUGUUCGGCCUCGUGCUGAUUGGCUUUGCAGCGACUGAGUUCUCAUACACGUUGAGUGGGUACAUUUCCGACGCGUAUACUAUCUACGCCUCGUCAGCAUUGGCUGUACAAGGCUUCUUACGCGCGCUGUCCUCCGGCUGUCUUCCUCUAUUUGCGUAUCCAAUGUAUUCCGGGCUCGGAUCAAACGUCGCGACAAGUAUUAUUGCGGCUGUGGCAACUGUGUACUGCCUGGCGCCGUAUAUAUUCCUGAGACAUGGUAAGCGUCUAAGGGAGAAGAGUCCUUUCGCUAGAUACAGUGCACAGGUGAAUGAUGAACACGGUGCGGAUUGA